UGGAAGCGCUGUUGUGCUUUGCUCUCCCUGUGAUUGGACGAUGAAAAGGAAGCUACUUCCUGAAGACGCCGCUUGCCUGCUAACUUUACCUCAUGCGGCGUUCAAGUCAAAACGGGAAAAACAAUGUCACACAGACACCGGCUAACAGUUCGAAUACCAGCGGUUCUCUUGGAGAUGGAUCGACCCUUCCCAGAGUUCAGUGUCCCAACCACCCCGAUGCCAUCCUGGUGGAGGACUACAGAGCAGGGGAUAUGAUUUGCCCCGAGUGUGGCCUGGUCGUAGGCGAUCGUGUGAUCGACGUAGGCUCCGAGUGGAGGACGUUUUCCAAUGAGAAGGCUCUCAAAGAUCCAUCCAGAGUGGGAGACGCCCAGAACCCGCUGCUGAAUGGAGGAGACCUCACCACCAUGAUCAGCAAGGGAACGGGCGCCGCGAGUUUUGACGAGUUUGGCAACUCCAAGUACCAGAACCGCCGCACCAUGAGCAGCUCGGACCGCGCCAUGCUCAACGCCUUCAAAGAGAUCACCACUAUGGCGGAUCGAAUCAACCUGCCAAGAAACAUUAUAGAUAGAACCAACAACCUAUUCAAACAAGUUUAUGAACAGAAGAGCCUGAAGGGCCGAGCGAACGACGCCAUCGCAUCGGCCUGCCUCUACAUCGCCUGCAGACAAGAAGGUGUCCCCCGAACAUUUAAAGAAAUCUGCGCCGUGUCCCGCAUCUCCAAGAAGGAAAUCGGCCGCUGUUUCAAACUGAUCCUGAAGGCCCUGGAGACCAGCGUGGACCUCAUCACCACCGGAGAUUUCAUGUCCCGCUUCUGCUCCAACCUGGGCCUGCCCAAGCAGGUGCAGAUGGCCGCCACCUACAUAGCCAUGAAGGCCGUCGAGCUGGACCUGGUGCCCGGCAGGAGUCCCAUCUCCGUGGCCGCCGCCGCCAUCUACAUGGCCUCGCAGGCCUCUGCUGAGAAGAAGACGCAGAAAGAAAUCGGGGACAUCGCCGGUGUUGCAGAUGUGACCAUCCGACAGUCGUACCGACUCAUCUACCCUCGCGCCGCAGAACUUUUCCCUGUGGACUUCAAAUUCGACACACCUGUCGACAAGCUGCCCCAACUGUGAAAAAAAUCUCCUUCGCCCCCACCCCACCAGCGGCACUACCGCGUCUGCUACUUCCACCAUUGUUCUUCUUUUGUCGUUGGUUUUGUCCCGAUGAUUUCAAGCCUUUGUCAAGGCACCCUCACAGCAGAAAGAUGGACACACAUUCCAGUGAUCACCAGAGAAGAACUCUCCUGACC